AUGUAUGCUUGGGAAAGCUCUUGCAAUGCCAUGCAGAUGCAGAUGACGAACCUCAAGCUGCAUGCGCUGGGCCUGAAGCAAAUUGCACGGAUAUGCCAGGUGCUGACAAGCCUGAUGGUGUGUGGUUGGGUAGUUUGCUGCGCCAUUGCCGCUUGGAUUGGAGACCUUGAGGGCCAGCGAUCUCAGAAGACUUCAAGUGAUGUCCUUCGCGAAGAUGCCAUGCGGGCCUUCGCCUGGAUCGGUGUAGCCUGUACCUUGCUGGGGUUGCCGCUCCAAUUCCUCGGAUUGUGUGUUGCAGCUGGCAGGGCUCUAAGUGUCGGAUGGCACGAUUCUGACAUCAGGCAUGCUGCCUGUCUACUGUACGUAAACUCCACUUUGCAGCUUCUGGGCCCCAUUCUCAGCAUGCGGGCCACCAUUGUGUUUACGAAUGCCACUGUGAAGAUUGUUGACUGGCAGAAUCCGCAACAAACAUCUGGCACGAUGUUGCUGACGCUGGACAUGACACUCCAGGUGCUGAACGUGCUGCUGUUGAGUGGCCUCAUCGGUCCUCAGCAAUGGCAGAAUCCCAUGGCUGCCUUUCAGAAGCUCGCAACCCUUCAGGGCUUCGGCCUCACCUCGACUAAGCGCAUCGCCUUCUCCGGGCGGGUCAACGAGACUGCGCGGGAUUGCAUCGUGUCCUUUCCUGGGAAGUACAGCGAGGAGUGGGACCAGGCAGUCUCUGUGGCGAAGACCCAGGAAGCUAUUUCGCUCGCCUGCGUCUUCCUGACAGACCGGGCAUCCGGAUUGGGUGUGCACUGCGAGAACCCAGAUUCCCCCGGAGAGUGUUGGUGCCGCGCCAUUUAUGGAAGCCUCCCGGCAUCCACGUAUAUAAGUGUGGUCGACAUGCGCCCUGAGAUGCAAGAUUCGCAAGCCCCGAUCGACUUGGAAUUUAAACUGGCAGAUGCGCUGGCGAUGGGCCAGUGCCUGGUCAGGCGAAAGGCCCAUCAUGGCGAGUUCGAGUGGCGGCGGAAGCUCGCCGAUGCCGAGGAGGACGCCCGCGCCCGCUGCGCGGCAAAUCGUGGCCGAGCUCCCUGGGGCUGUCGCUGGUUCGAGGACUGGAGGAGGAACGUGCACAAGGCAGUGGAGCUCCAGCAAACCCUUCAUGUCUUCUACUUCGAGGACCGGAAAGGCCAGGGCAAGAUGAAAUGGCAGGAGCUGCCCUCAGAGAAGGCAAAGGCGCGAGUGCGCAGGCGGAGUGGGCUUGGUGCGUCACAGACAGCGGAGGUCGCGUACCUGGACAAAGAAG